AUGAUUCAUCUAAAACGGUUUUACUCUUGGACUAUUCUUCUUUUUUUCAUAUCGAUAUUUAUGUUGACAAAUUGGUUAAAAACACCAAAAUCCCCUAGAUCAAUUGCUCAAUUACUCAAAUAUCGUCGUCCAUUAACAACUACUACAGCUUUAAAAAUGCCAGCUCCUUUCCAAUACAAGCAACCAGAACAUAGGUUGACUUUAAUUCCAGGUCCAAUUGAAUUCAGUGAUGAUGUCCUUGCAUCAAUGGCUAUUCCAUCACAAGCUCAUACUUCACCUGAUUUCAUCUACACGUUCCAAUACGUACUUCAAAACUUGCGUAAAUUGUUUAAAUCUACUGAUGUCAAUACCCAGGGUUAUGUAUUGAGUGGAUCAGGUACUUUGGGUUGGGAUGUUGCUGCUACUAAUAUUAUUGAACCAGGUGAGAAAGUUCUUGUUUUAUCAACUGGGUUUUUCUCAGACUCAUUUGCCGAAUGUUUGAAAGUUUAUGGUGCUGAUGUUGAUGUAAUUACUGCUGAUAUUGGUGAUGUUGUUCCGUUGGAUAAGAUUAAAGAACAAUUGCAAAAGGAGAAAUAUGCUGCAAUUACUAUAACUCAUGUUGAUACUUCUACAUCAGUAGUUUCUGAUGUUGAAGCCAUUAGUAAAGUAGUUAAACAAGUAUCACCAGAAACUUUAAUUAUUGUCGAUGGUGUAUGUUCGGUUGGAGUUGAGGAUGUUGAAUUUGAUAAAUGGGGAUUAGAUUUCGUUUUGACUGCUUCACAAAAGGCUAUUGGAGUUCCAGCUGGAUUAUCAAUUUUCUACGCUAGUGAACGUGCAUUAUCCAAAGCGUUGAACAAGGAAAAGGACACGACAUUUUUCGCUAGUUUGAAAAGAUGGACACCAAUCAUGAAGGCAUAUGAAAGUGGAUCUGGUGCAUAUUUCGCUACACCUGCAGUCCAAACCAUCACCGCCUUGAAAACUUCAUUAGAAGAAAUCUUUGCUGAAGGAUUAGACAAGAGAUUUGCAACUCAAGCCAAAAAAUCCGAUGAAUUUAAAGCUAAAGUUAAAGAAUUAGGUUUAACAAUCUUACCCAAGAAUGAAAAGGUUGCCGCUCAUGGAUUAACUGCGGUUUACUUCCCUGAAGAUGUCAAUGGACCUGAUUUAUUGAAAAAAUUGGGUGAAAAGGGAUACACUGUUGCUGGUGGAAUUCAUAAGAAGUUAGUUGGUAAAUAUUUCCGUGUUGGUCAUAUGGGUUAUUCUGUUUAUGCUGGUCAUAUUGAUAGUUUUGAAAAGGCUUUGGAAGAAAGCUUGAAAGAAUUAAAACAAUAA